AUGGACAAGGAGAGCUCGAGCCGUAAACGUAGAGAUCCCGACUCACAUCGCGAUAGAGAGAUGCCUAAAGACCAACAUAACCGCUCCAAGCAUGACGAAGACCGCCGCAGAUCUGACGACCUCCAUCAUCGCCGUCGGUCGGAUUCCAGAGCCGAACGAGAGGGAAGCAAGGAUCGAUAUGUCCGCCGAGAGCGCGAGAGGUCUCCUUCCGUUGAGAGGAAAAAGAGGAAAGAGAAGGGGGAGAGCGAGGAGAGAAGCGAUAAGAGAACUAGGGUUUACGAGGACAAUGGAAAGGGGAAGCGCAGAUUUGAAGAUGAUAAGAAGGGGGAAAAGGGUGAGGGCUCGGGAUAUGGUGGGAACUCUGCAAAGAAAGAUGUAAAUGAUGAGCACAAUAACAGUGGGAAUCGUGGCGAGCUCGGUUCUGUUGCCAAUGGUGCUGCAACUGGGCCAAUCACAACGUACACUUCAUUUGAGACUUCUCCAGAUCGAAGCUUUUCUCCUACUACUAAGGUAUAUUCAAUUACCAAGACAAAUGAAAAUAAGGGAGUUAUUAUUAACAGAUCUUAUGAGGUUCCUGGGAAAUCCAGUACAGAUGGGUCAGCUUCUGAUGUCGGAAAGAGUGGGGGUUUGUCCCUUGAUGCUUUAGCGAAAGCUAAGAGAGCCUUACAAAUGCAGAAGGAGCUUGCACUAAGAAUGAAGAAGAUUCCUGCAUUGAACAGAGAUUCACCCUCAACUGGCGGUGGUAGUUCAAUGGUGGGUGAAAAAGAGGCUGCUACAUUUGCUUCAUCCAAUAAAGGUAUAUUGCCGACUUCAGUGGUUCCUUCUGCAGUUGCUUCAAGUGCUUCAACUUUACCAAUUGGCACGUCAAGUACAAUAACUCCUUCACAGAGUGGUUUGCCUAAUCUCCCUGGACUCACUCCACAAAAAUAUGAAGCUGUAAAACGUGCACAGGAGCUAGCUGCCAAGAUGGGAUUUAGACAAGACCCGGAGUUUGCUCCUCUCAUUAAUAUGUUUCCAGGUCAAAUGCCCCCAGAGGUCACCAUCCAACCAAAGCCUUCGAAAGCACCUGUUCUUCGUCUGGAUGCAUUGGGCAGGGAAGUGGAUGAGCACGGCAAUGUGGUGAAUGUUCCAAAAGUAAACAGCUUGAGUACUCUCAAGGUGAAUAUCAACAAGCAAAAGAAAGAAGCCUUUCAAAUUCUCAAGCCUGAACUUGAUGUGGAUCCCGAUAAAAAUCCUCAUUUCGAUUCUAGGAUGGGAAUUGAUAAAAGUAAACUGUUGAGGCCUAAGAAGAUGACUUUUCAGUUUGUUGAGGAAGGCAAGUGGUCGAAAGAGGCUGAAAUUAUUAAAUUGAAGUCUCAAUUUGGGGAGGCCAAAGCAAAAGAGCUAAAGGCAAAACAAGCGCAGCUGGCCAAGGCCAAGGCUGAACCUGAUAUAAACCCAAAUCUGAUUGAAGUAGGAGAGAGGGUGAUUACCAAAGAAAAACAACAGGAACCUUUUCCUGAUGUGGAGUGGUGGGAUGUGACUUUUCUACAUUCUGGCACUUAUGGGGACGUGGUCGAUGGUGACAUAGACAGCGAAAAUAUCAAGAUGGACAAGAUCACGAUCUACGUUGAACAUCCUCGGCCGAUCGAGCCCCCUGCCGAGGCAGCACCCCCUCCACCGCAACCCCUGAAGCUAACCAAAAAGGAGCAGAAGAAACUUCGCACUCAGCGUAGGCUGGCCAGGGAGAAAGAACGACAGGAGAUGAUCAGGCUAGGCGUGCUUGAGCCCCCGAAGCCCAAAGUCAAGAUGAGCAACCUCAUGAAAGUCCUCGGCUCUGAGGCCACUCAGGACCCCACCCGGCUCGAGAUGGAGAUAAGGAGCGCUGCAGCCGAACGCGAGCAGGCCCACAUCGACAGGAACGUGGCCCGCAAGCUGACUCCAGGCGAGCGCCGUGAAAAGAAGGAGAGAAAGUUGUUUGACGACUCAAAUGCUGUAUUAGAAACGAUCGUCUCUGUUUACAAGGUGAAUGACCUCACUCACCCCCAGACACGUUUCAAGGUUGAUAUCAAUGCCCAGGAGAACAGGCUGACCGGAUGUGCGAUGAUUUCCCAAGGGAUUAGCGUGGUGGUUGUUGAAGGUGGGGCCAAAUCGAUAAAGAGGUACGGGAAGCUUAUGCUCCGAAGGAUUGAUUGGGCUUCUGCUGUUAAGAAGGAUGAGGAUGAAAAUGACGACGACGACGAUGAUGAUGAUGAGAAACCUUUGAAUAAGUGUGUUCUCGUGUGGCAGGGGAGUGUGGCCAAACGGAAUUUCAAUAGAUUUUUCGUCCAGGAGUGCAGGACAGAGGCGGCUGCCCGUAAAUACUUUUCUGAUCACGGUGUUGGUCAUUAUUGGGAUCUCGCAGGUAACUUCAUGGAGGAUACUAUGUAG